AUGGCCGAUAUAUCAUAUGUCCUCAUUAUCGCUCAAAUAAGACGUGCGGUCGGAAUUCCGGAAAAAGUACAACCGUUGCCAGGACAGAGACUACGUGACUGCUUAGAUCACCGUUUACGUCAACGUGGCCUAGUACCAUCGGCAGUGUUAUUUUUCGUGGAAAAUUCCCGAACACCACUUCCGGAUAAUUGUGAUGCUAAUUUCCUAACCGGUCAACGGAUUGUUGCACGAGUACGUAAAGGAAUGACACGAUUCGGGCGAAGUCGAACUCAACAGUCCCUAGAUAUCGAUAUCAAUGAUACAAAACCAAUCCGGAAAAACAGCGAUGACAGUGUAUCGUCUUGGAGGAGUUCGUUGGUCAAUUCAAAAAUGCUUUCGCGGAGUCGAGGCAAUAAUUUGUCGUCGUUGCAUUCGGGGAGUGGUUGCCAAGAUUAUGAGCCAAGAACUCGGAAAAAUUCACCAACAAGUCAAUCAAUACUGCUCAACAUAGCGUUAGAUGAACCGUCAUGCUCUGAAGAUUUAUCCGCGACUGCUCUGCAAGACGAUAGUGGUAUUAGUGGAACUAGACGUUUGCGCAACAUAGCUGCUACCAGUAGGAGAAGUUUAUUUUUUGGCAAGGACAAGGCCGAAAUGCUUUCACGUUUGACGUUGAUGAAAGAUGAGAUGCAGAAACCAGUACCAAUGUUCGAACUUGAACCUCACUGGACCAAUAUUGUUCGUGAUAGUGAAGAGUUAAGCAAGCAUGCAUAUGAACAGCAGGAAGCUAUUUGGGAGUUCGUCACAACCGAACAUCGAUAUUUGCAGGCAAAUUAUCUUUUUGAUAUCAAUCUCUUUUUCUAG